UGUGAUUUGAAUUCACCCAACGCACCAACUCUCCACCCAUGGAUUGCUGGCUGGACCUAGACUCGGACGGAGAGAUAGAGGAUCCACCAGCAAACUCUGCAGGACAAGCACCCGAUGCGUCAACGAAGCAGGAGCCUCAUUCUCCGGUCGCUGCGAGCAAUGCGCACGAGGCAAGCCCAAACGAGACACCUGAGGGCGAGCUGGAGCACAAGGUUGAUGUCGCCAAGAGCGAGGCUGAUGCCGAGGAGAGUGAGGCAAGCCCAAAGGAGACACCAGAGGGCAAGCUGCACCAUAAGGAGGCAGAUGCCGAAGAAAGUGAGGCUGAGGCUGCAAACAGCGAGGCUGAUGUCGCAAAGAGCGAGGCUGAUGUCGCAAAGGGCGAGGCUGAUGCCGAGGAGAGUGAGGCAAGCCCAAAGGAGACACCGGAGGGCAAGCUGGACCAUAACGAGGCAGAUGCCAAAGACAGUGAGGCUGAGGCUGCAAACAGCGAGGUUGAUGUCGCAAAGAGCGAGGCUGAUGCCGAGGAGAGCGAGGCAGAUGCCGAAGACAGUGAGGCUGAGGCUGCAAAGAGCGAGGUUGUCGCCAAGAGCGAGGCUGAUGCCGAGGAGAGCGAGGACGCCAAGCCCGCAUCGGAGACUGAGGUCACCGAGCACACUGUGUCUUCUCAUGCCAGAGGUGAGCGCAAGCGGCGUCGGCGCCGCAGCGGCCGCAGCGGCCUCAGCGGCCGCAGCCGCAGCCGGCGGGGCCGGCGGCGUCGGCGGCAUUGCCACCGCGAGCACCGGAGCCGGCAUCGCAGGUCUGGUUUGCGACGACAGAGGGGCGGCGGGCUGGCAGCAAGGACGGAGAAAUCGGGGUCGCCACUGGCAAGGGGGCAGCGUAAGCGGCGUCGACUUUCACAACCAGAGGAAGCUCGAGAAAAGGAGGCCAAAGGUCUCCGCGAAGUCUAUGUGGGUGGAUUGUGCUGGAGUGCUGCACGGAAGGAAGUGAUCAUCCGAGCGUUUGAUUCCGCCUUUCAGGAGUUGCCAGAGUACCGCGCUCGCUACGCUGGCUUGUCCAACCCCAUUGUGAAUGUCCAUUUUCCACAAGAUCAAGGAGCCAGGUCGACACCAAGUGUGCGGCCCAGCUUUGCAUCGACAUUCGCUUUCGUGGAAUUUGUGGACACGAUCCUUGCCAGAACUGCCUUGGAGCUGAGCGGCCUCCAAAUUGGAGGGCGCAGCGCCCGCAUUUGCCAAGCCAGCGCUGGAAUGCAACCAGAAGGCCAAUUCCUGGAUGUGGAGCCGUUGAGGCAGCAAGCAAAGAUUCCACAUACAGGGGGGCCUGGAUCGCAGAUGCUACUGACUGUUUGGAUUGGCAGCUUUCCGCAGCGCAUCGUUCGAGAUGAGAUGCAGCGGAAAGCAGCUGCGGAUGCUGAGCAGAAGCCGAUCAGCGAUGAUCGUGAAAGUUUUGCGUUUCAGCUAGGUGCAGCAGCGUUGCAGCUGCCAGGAGUUCGGCAGCGGUAUCCUGAACUUCGUCGGCCUGUGCUCACCAUGAGGUUCAGCGAAUGCAACCGCUUCGCCUUCACAGAUUUCUCCACAGAGCUUCUGGCCAGUAGUGUUGUGGCAGCAGGGCAGCUCAGUCUGGAGAAUGGGAUGAAAAUCCGCACUGGCUGGCCUGUGGGGGCCACAAACGCAGAGGAGCGUGCUCCACCACCACUGGCAGAAGACGGCAGCAUUUGCGCCAAGCCGCAGGCAUUUGUGGCAAGCGUGGGCGCCAUUCACGAAGAGGAUCUUAUCGAGAGGAUGGAUUGUGAAGUCUUUCUGGGUGGCGUGCAAGGGCUUGAGGUGCAGGACCUGUGGUCUGGGCUCACAAAACUCCUCAGCGGCCUGCAAUCCUACAAUGCCGAGUUUGGACACUUGUCUCUUCCCAUCGUCAACAUGCGCUUGGGCACUGGCCCAUUUGCCUUUGCCCGAAUGGCAGAUCCGAGGCUGGCAAGCACGGCGAUCGCACUUGGAGAGAUGGUUGUCAAUCGGAGAAUGGUGCACCUGAGACGCCCCAGCAGCUUCCACGACAAGCCUGCAGCCCCAUUGGAUUUGAAUCCGAAGACGAGUACAUUGCCUUUGCCUCCACCUCCAAAACUGCUCACCACGGCGCCGGAUCCUGUGGAGAAGGAAAAUCCGCCAGCGCCACCUGCAGUGCCGCCGCCAACUCACAGCAUUUGGGUUGGCAAUCUGCCUGGAAAAGCAGACCUGUGCGGGUCAGAUGAUGAAGAUACGAGCAACCAGGAGCUGCUGGUGCAGAGAUUGGAUCAACGCUUAGUGGAACUGGCGAUGAAGUUACCCAGCUAUGACUUCGAAGAUGGACCACCCAUCAAGCGCAUCUCCAUGCAUCACUCAUUAAGCUUCGCCUUUGUGGAGAUUGUUGGGUCUCAGGAGCGCGUGGAGGAACUCAUGAGUGCAUUCGACAACAAAGACUUCAUGGGGAAGUCGCUUGAGGUGAACUGGUCACGCAGACGCAAGGAUUGCCUUUUCAUGCGUCAGUUCCCAAGACGAAGCUCUACAACGUGGGUCGCAGACGUGCCGAAAGGCAUCCUGCAACUCCUGCCAGACAUGGCCAAGCGAAUCGAAGGCUAUGCCAAGAGCGAAUGUGCCAUGCAGAUUGACCAGUUGUGAGAACUUCUUCAGACAGUUCUGCAAGGGAAAUGGAGACAAUCUCCCACUGCAGCUGAUUUAUGCAUAUGCGACCAGUAGGCUAGCUGGCUGAAUUGAAUUCAUCAUGGAUGGGUCUUUUUAACAGGAAGGGCAGAUUCUGGAAAGCUCUGCUGUCCGGACUAAUUUCUGCUGUGGAGAGAGCCAUGUUGUUGCCACAUCCUGCCAUAGGCUUGGGGAAGAAUGCACUUGCUCAGUCGCUGGCCUUGACUUUGAAUGAUGCUGCAUUCGCCGUGCCAUGCUGAGCGAUUGGGAUUGCUAGGGUAGUAUGUCGCGCGCCAAUCAUUGGCUCUUCAAUGUGCCAGGGCGUGACUUGUAGAUGACUCAACGUAGCUCAAGCAAGGUUGAGCAGCUGUGAUAAAUGACUCAUUGAAAGCCACAGGGAGCCAGCGGUGUGCGUGUGUGUGUGCG